AUGGGUCACCUCAGUUUUACAGGUUCUAAAACCGCAUUCCUGGUAUCCCUAUUAAUAUUCCUAACAACCUUCUCAGCUUCCUUAGUCAAGCCAGAAGAACCGGCGUAUCCUUUCGGAAAUGUGGAAGUCAAAAUGAACAUGCAAACAGAUGAACCAAUCCUCUAUGGUCCUCCCACCAUAAAUGAUAUAAUACCCAUGGAAAAAGACUUGACUCAAUUUGUGGAUUGUUUGCGAACAUUCGGUGACAUUAUCGACUUGAUCUCUGAUCCCAACUCGACGAUUACUCUUUUCGCACCUGUAAACUCUGCCUUUCGCAACCUCACCCGGAAACCUAACUACGUUGGGAAUUCUCUUGAGGAUCCUAACAAAAAAAUGUAUCAGUUCGUGUUGGGACAUAUUGUACCUGCCAUGUAUCAAUCUCUUCCCGUGGGACAAGAAUUACAGACGAUGCGCAAAGAGACAACGAAUUUUGGAGACACGUUCCCUCAUCCAAACUUUCUGGUGGAGUGUGAUUCACGAGCCUUAACCGAUCUCCUUAAGCACAUGAAAAAGUACAUUCUUCGAUCCAAGGUCUCCAUCGUUGAUGUAUCACCUCAGUAUCGCAUCUGGAACUUGUGGGGUAAUGAUAUAAACAAUUUAUGGUGGCAUCAUCAGGUUCCCAACAAAACCGCCACCAAACUACCCGCCGGUUCAUUUAUUCUGAAGGAAAGGUUACCAUCGGAGGAAUACGUGAUACGUCGUAUUAUGCACGGAGUUCCUGAAGGAAUCGAUGAUUUCGAACCAGGAACGUCGUUACCGUUGCAGUCAAACUUUGAUUAUAUGGGAGGAAUUGAUUGGAGAAAGGGUUGUUACAUCGGACAGGAACUCACCUUCAGGACGUAUUACAUUGGAGUGACCAGAAAGCGUAUAAUUCCCGUGCAAUUAUUUCAGAACGAAAAACCUCCGGACACAUUGAGAGUAGACCGUAAGACUAUCAUCGAGUCGCCUUCUCCAUCAUCGGGCAUACAUACGUCAAUAGAAAACUUAAGCAAACAAGGGCGACCGGUGGGAAAUAUUGGUUCCGCAAGAUACAAUGUUACUUUAGCGUUAUUAUCUUUAGACAAGGUGCAAGAAAAUAAUUUAUUUGUGGCGAAUGGGAAAGGCAAGGUGUAUAAGGUUAAACCCUUUAUACCCGAUUGGUGGCCAACAGUUGAUGAUAAAGAUUAUUAG